ACUUCCCGUCUCCCUACGUCACUGCCUAACCUGUUGAAAGCAAUCCUUCAGUCAUCGGCACACGAAGGGAAUCGCGCCGGGCGAACGUCAGCGAAACAGCACGAAAGAGGAUCCUUCACAUCACAACUGUCAAAUGUUCGAUUGACAGGUUAUGGCAUCGCAUACGUUCAGCCAGAAGAAAUUCACACCGACUCCGCCGGACAAAGGAAGCUUCCCACUCGACCAUGAGAACAUUUGCCGAAAAUUAAUGCUCCAGUAUAUGACGUGUUUGCGAAAGAACAACGACAACAACUCCAAGUGUCGCGAGCAAGCGAAAAGUUAUCUCGAGUGUCGCAUGGACAAUCAAUUGAUGGCCAGAGAAGAUUGGUCGAAAUUGGGUUUCCACAACGAGGCGACCGCGACGGCUACGAGUGCCAAGACCGUGGAGAAAAGCCAGUAGCACCAGUGCACCGCAAGAACCAGCAGCAGCGAC